AAUUAUAUUUUUUCCCUAGUAAUUAAUUAUGCAAAUCGGAGAAAUGAAGUAAGCACAGCGUGGUCAUGCUGGCGCUGGCAAGAUUCGGAAUUUUGCAGCAAGUCCGAAUCGAAAGAGUUGGUUUCGAUUAUUUCACCAAAUCUUAGAAUUAGGGUUUAAGGUAGAAGUUAACGAAAAAAGAGAAAAGACUAAAAUUAAUGGAUGAUAGCGGCGGCCCAAACACCACUGGAUUGGAACAGAAGCUGAAGGACGGCAAGCUUUACCGCCAUGUCAAUGCUCUAAUUGUUGCACAUCUCCGCGACAACAAUCUGAGUCAGGCAGCGAGUGCUGUUGCCUUGGCUACGAAGACGCCUUUAGAUGUUGAAGCGCCUCCAAAAAAGCUUCUUGAGUUGGUUGCCAAGGGUCUUGCAGUGGAGAAAGAUGAAGCAGUCAAAGGGGUAUCAUCAACUGCAUUAUUUGAUUCAAGCACACCGGCCAAAUAUGGUUCGGUACCUCCUCCACAAGCUUCUGCUGUUGAUUUCAGCGCUGUGCAAGGUGCUAAAGGAUCAUCAAAGAGUUUUCCAAAGCAUGAAUCUCGGCAUACAUCAGAACACAAGAAUGUUGCUAGAUGUGCGAAAUUCAGUCCGGAUGGAAGGUUUCUAGCAACUGGAAGCGCCGACACAUCAAUAAAGCUCUUAGAGAUAUCAAAAGUCAAACAGAUGAUUCUAUCAGAUGCGAGGGAUGGCCCAGUGCGGCCUGUAAUACGGACAUUUUAUGACCAUAUACAACCUAUAAAUGACUUGGAUUUCCAUCCUCAAAACCCAAUUUUGAUUUCCGGGGCUAAAGAUCGCACAAUAAAGUUCUUCGAUUUCUCUAAAAUAGUUGCUAGAAAAGCUUUCAGAAUAAUUCAGGAUACUCACAAUGUGAGGUCUGUAUCGUUUCACCCCUCAGGAGAAUUUCUUCUGGCAGGAACCGACCACCCAGUUGUACACUUGUACGAUGUUAACACUUUUCAGUGUUAUCUGUCGGCAAACGCGCAAGAGGUCAGCAAUGGAGCCAUAAAUCAGGUUAGAUAUUCGUCGACUGGUGGCAUGUAUGUUACAGCCUCAAAAGAUGGUGCUAUUCGGUUGUGGGAUGGAGUAACUUCACAGUGCAUCCGUUCAAUUCCUAAUGCCCACGGAACAGCUGAAGCUACUAGUGCAUAUUUCACAAAAGAUCAAAGAUACAUUCUCUCUUCCGGAAAAGAUUCUACUGUGAAUCUAUGGGACAUUGGGACGGGUAAAGUCGUCAACCGAUAUCUUGGAGCCACACAUGCACAACUACGGAGUCAGGCGGUUUUCAAUGAAACCGAGGAAUUCAUACUCAGCAUUGACGAAUCAAGCAACGAGGUAGUGGUGUGGGAUGCCCUCACGGCCGAUAAAGUGGCUAAAAUGCCUUCGAACCACAUGGGCAGUCCACGGUGGAUCGAGCAUUCGCCCGUGGAGGCGGCUUUCGCCACCUGCGGGACUGACAGGUCCAUCAGGUUCUGGAGAGAGACAUGAAAAUGAAAUGAAAGGGAAGCUUCAGAAGAGGUGUUGAAGAUAAGAUGUUGCUAUCUUGAACAUCAUUGAUAUUAGUCUUUCCGGGUGAGGUGAGGGCAAUUUGGUCAAUUUUAAGUCUUAUGUGUAUUAUUGACAUGCAGGCCUUUGCUACAUUUAAUUCUAGUUUAUUAUCAUCUUGUCUUUUCUUCAAAGAUUGUUUCAUACUA